CUGGGCGGAGGUUUGUUUGAACCGAAGUCCCGCCGCAGUUAUUAUGAAGCUAAGCUAACCCUCCAUCAUUAAAAUCAGCUGAGACUUUAGACAGACCUGCCCGCCCCUCACAUCACUCAUUACGGCUGUUUAUGGAUCAGCACCGCGCUGCUUAGAAACUUUAUAAAUCUGCGGUGUUACGGCUCGGUUCGCUGCCGUGUAGUUUGAUCUCCCCGUGUUGCAGUAAUGAUGGCAGAGGGGGCGGACUGCGGCUCCGUCAACACCGGAAAAAGGAGACAACCAGCGGGAAGAAAGAGUCGACAGAGCCGACAAAAGAAGAGCUUCAGCAGCAGCAAGGUAAGUCUGGAGAAAGUUCUGGGUAUCAGCACAUCCAGCAGUAGUGGUCUGACGACAGACCCCAACUCUGGGCUCAUCGCCUAUCCUGCAGGAUGCGUCAUCGUGCUGCUACAUCCAAAGAAGAACAAACAGAGUCACAUCAUCAACACGUCCAGGAAGCCAUUCAGUGCUCUGGCCUUCUCCUACGAUGGGAAACACCUGGUCACCGGAGAGAGCGGUCACAUGCCCUGUGUGCGGGUGUGGGAGGUGGGCGGAGGUCAGGUGGCUGAAGUUCAGUCCCAUAAAUACGGCGUUUCCUGCGUGGCGUUCUCCACCAACAGCCGCUACAUUGUUUCUGUGGGAUACCAACACGACAUGACCGUCAGCGUGUGGGACUGGAGGAAAGGUUCAAUCAUCGCCUCAAACAAAGUGUCCAGCCGAGUGUUCGCCGUCUCAUUCUCGCAGGACAACAGCUACUUUGUCACCGCGGGAAACAGGCACGUCAAGUUCUGGUACCUGGACGCCUCCAAGGAGAAACGAGUGAACAGCACAGUGCCUCUGAUUGGCCGGUCAGGGUUGCUAGGAGACCAUAAGAACAGCGUCUUCAGCGGGGUGGCUUGUGGGCGUGGUCUCAUGGCGUCCAGCACCUACUGCAUCACCAGCUCUGGUCUGCUGUGUCUGUUCAACAGCAGCCGACAGCUGGAGGCCUGGGUCAACCUGAAGACAUCGUCGGCGAGCUGUCUGGCCGUCAGCGAGGACUUCAUCUUCUGUGGCUGUGCUGAUGGUGUCGUCAGAGUCUUCAGUCCCUCUGGCCUGCAGUACAUCAGCACGCUGCAGCGCCCCCACAGGCUAGGAGUGGAACUCAUUCAGAGCGUGGAGCACGGCAGUCGCUCACCUGCCAGUCCAGGUGCUCAGUACCCCGACACGGUGGCUCUGACCUUUGACCCUGCUGCCAGACACUUGACCUGUGUGUACAACGACCACAGCGUGUACGUGUGGGACGUCAGCGACGUGAGGAGUGUUGGGAAGCUCUACUCCGCCCUGUACCACAGCAGCUGUGUUUGGAGCAUCCAGGUGUAUCCAGAGCUGUCAGAGCCGACCCAGGCGUGUCUGCCGCCAUCCUCGUUCCUCACCUGUUCCUCUGACAACACCAUCAGACUGUGGCAGGCCGACGCCCCCAGUGGACAGAGAAACCACUACAGCAAUGACCUCCUGAGGAUCCUGUAUGUGGGGGAGAACACGCAGCACCUGCAGGCGGAGGGAGAGAGAGGGGAGGCAGCAGGGGCUGAUGGGAAGGCAGGGAUCAGAGUGCUGGGUAUCAGUCCUGAUGGACAACACUUGGCAGCCGGAGACCGCUGUGGAAACCUGCAUAUCUUUGGUCUGAAGUUUCUGGAUCAGCUGGUGAAGAUCGAGGCUCAUGACUCAGAGGUGCUGUGUCUGGAGUUUUCCCCCACAUCCACAGGUGUGAAGCUGUUAGCGUCAGCCAGCAGAGAUCGACUGAUCCACGUCUUUAACCUGGAGAAGAACUACAGCCUGGAGCAGACGCUGAGCGACCACUCGGCCUCCAUCACUGCUGUCAAAUUCACGGGUGAGAGUCCAGAGGUUCGAAUGGUGAGCUGUGGAGCCGAUAAAAGCAUCUACUUCCAGACGGCGGAGCAGACGGCGGACGGCCUGUCCUUCUCCAGGAGUCACCACGUGGUCGAGAAGACGACACUGUACGACAUGGACCUGGACUCGACCAGGACACACGUGACCAUCGCCUGUCAGGACAGAAAUGUCAGGGUGUACAACGUGGAGACGGGGAAGUUGAAGAAAUGUCUGAAAGGCUCUUCCAGUGAUGAAGGAGCUCUGCUGAAGGUGGAGAUGGAUCCUACUGGGUCGUUCUUUGCCACUAGCUGCUCCGACAAAAACAUCUCCAUCUUUGACUAUGAGUCAGGAGAGUGUGUGGCCACGCUGUUCGGACACUCAGAGAUAGUCACCAGUAUGAGGUUCAGUCAGGACUGCAGACACCUCAUCACCGUGUCUGGAGACAGUUGUGUGUUCGUGUGGAGGUUGGACUCUCAGAUGACUAGCACCAUGAGAAAGAGGUGGGGCUUCAAAGUGAGCGCGGCUCCUCAAACCUGCAGCGUCAAACAUCAGAGCAUACGGAGAGAGACCUUCAUCACCGCGCCAUCCUCUCAGCUGCCUCAGCUUGACGAAGAAGACGAGGCGGGCUCCAGUACUCCAGCCAGACUGGACCCUACUCAUGAUCCUCAACUGCUUCAGACCAACGGGAAGCUGCCCAUGUGGUUCAGGAAACUGCAGGGGCAGGGCGGAGCCGCCACUGCUGUCCAAUCAGACGCCGAGCCCCGCCAGGUACGCAGCCGUUGGACAGAGCAGCUGAACCCUCUGGUCAUCUGCUCGUCCUUCUCCCCGAGCCCAACCAAGAGUGAGAAGGACGAAGACGAGGAGGACGAGGAGGACUUCCACCCUCAGAGUCUGGAGAGUCUGCUGGGAGACGAAGACGAGGAGGAGGAGGAGGAGGAGGAGGAAGAGGAGAAGGAGGUACUGCAGGAUGGAGGCGAGGACAGGAACACGUUCAUCCUCUACCCAAACAACAACAACACUACUGACAGGGAUUUUGAUGUUGAAGGCGUCGUGGAUCCUCAGCAGUCCCUGACCCAGCUGGAAGUCACAGGUACAGGGGCGGAGCCUGUGUGGAGCAGUCAUCUGAGUCCGGACUCAGCGUGCUCUGAAGGCUCAACGGGAAGUUUGGAACCGCAGCACGAUGCAGACACGGACUCUCUGAGUCAGGGCAGCUCUGCUGGCAGCCUGCUCCUCGAAGACGACGAGGACAGAAACUCUCUGAAGAAUCACUUUGAAACUCUGGCGUCCAGUCUCAACGACGAGAAGUUUGACACCGAUCUGAGGACUCUGCAGCCUCCAGAGGAGAAACACUUCCUGAACCCCCGACUCAGCAUCUCCACACGCUUCCUGUCCCGAUUCCAGGACCGGAUCAGGGCGUGGCCGAGCCAAGCGCCUCCCCCGGUCUCUAUCCCAAGCAGGAUCUCAGAGGAGAGCAACGUCAGCAACACAUCGAUAAACUCGGAGUCGAGCAGCAAGGUGACCUCGGACACCCAGAUUCAGAGUGAAAAUGUCAGCAGCACAGUGAGAUUCAACCAGUCAGUUCUCCGUCGUAGAGCUUCCUGCGUGAUUUCCCAUCAGCCCCAUCGUCGCCCAAUACGCCGACGGCACACUGUCGUUGUGUUCCAGUGCAGAGAUAAGAAGGGAGGCGUCUCCUCCAGGACUCCAAACAGCAGCGUGGUGUCUGCCGUCCAGCAGGGGGCGCCACGCCUCGGAUACCUGGGAACCACCGCCAGCUCCAGGGCCAAACUCCAGGACCUGCCCACCUCUUCCGGCUCCUGCCCUGAAGAGGAGAACGUGUCCUCAUCCUCAGACCUCCCCCCUCCUCCCCCCUGCUCCAAAGCUGACCAGACCCAGGACCAGACCUGCAGUGUCGCUUCACUGUCCCAAGAGUCUCUGGAUCCUGAAACAAACCUGCAGGUGUUGACACCGCGCACAAAUGUGAUGUCAGAGGGCGGAGUCACAAAGUGGAGCGUCAGCAGCAUCGAGGAAACACUGACAAAUAUAAACAAAACCCUCAUCACAAGCCCUGCCCCCUCCAUAACUACCACAGCCACGCCCACAGUCAAUGACAUCAUCACAUGCUCAGCCUCCAGAUUUGAGGAGGGUCCUGAAGGACCUGAGCAUGAUCCAGGUACCACAGAGCCAUCUUCAGGAGCUGACCCGCCCAUCUCUUCAUCCUCUCCUCUGACAGAAACACCACACCUUCCUCAAACAAGUAGCCCGGCCCCUCCAGCAGGUUCGGGCGAGGACUCCAUCAGCCUGCAGCAGUGUCAGCACAUCGCCAAUGAGCUGAAAGAGACAGCGAGACAAGCCGUUCACCUGUACUCGCAGCUCGGUGAGUCUGAGCGGCAUCUUCAGAUGGCGUCUGUCCUACAGGAGGCGUUUGAUGUUGUUCACUUGGAGCUUCAGGGGAUGCUGCACUGUAGAGACGGGCAGGGCAACAGCGACCCCCAUGGGCCGCUGGAGAGUGCAGAGACGACGUCUCUGCUUGAGAAAUACUCGAACCUGUUGCUUCAGAUGACCCAGAAAAAACUGAACCAGGUCUGAUCUAGGACUGACCACCACCUGUGGACCGUAUGGAGCCUUAAAGAGGACAAACUUCACUCAGGUCUCAUUCUGAGUGACUUGUUAAGAUGAUUUUAUCAACAUCAGUAUUAAGUUUUUAUGCACCUUACCUUUAUUUUUCAGUCUGUUUUAAAUCAUCGUGUUUGUACAUAAAGUGUUUUUUUAUGUUUCUUAAUAAAUGUUUA